AAAAAUGAUGUAGAAAUUUUGUUUUGUUGUGCUGUCUACAAUCCCGGCGUACCACAUCCCGCGCGACGGGUCGCUGGAGUCGUACCGCGACUUCCUGGACCUACUGCCGGCCUACGAGCGCGCCGAGUCGCUGGGACAACACGCCUCCGCAGAUGUCGCCACUCUCGCACAGGACGCGCUGAUAAUGUGCUCUACGCUGUUUGCCCUGGCCAGUACCGGUGGAGGCGGCGCGGGAGGCGGUGAGGACCAAAAGGUGGACGAGCUAGCACAGGAAAUGUUGGUAAAACUGCCGCCUCGGAUCGACAUGGAGACGACGGAACGAAUGAUGGGACCCGAGAUUGUGAUGCCCAUGUGUGUUUCUCUGCUCCAAGAGAUUGGAUACUUCAACAUGCUCAUCAAUAUCAUCGUUUCUGGACUCAAGGAACUUCGGCGCGCUAUCGAAGGUCUGGUGGUGAUGUCGGAGAUGCUGGAGACGAUGUACACCUGUAUUUUUGAGGGUAGGACUCCGGAAUUCUGGCUUAGAGGUCGUCCGUCGAUGAAGCCGCUGGGCGCGUGGUGCCGCGAGCUGUACCAGCGCGGGGCGCAUCUGGGGGGGUGGGCAGCCGCGCCACGCGCCCCCCCCACGCUGUGCUGGCUGCCCGCCUUCGUCGCCCCCACCGGCUUCCUCACCGCCGUCAUGCAGGUCCCACACACACCAUACCCUCACCACACCACACUCCCCCCCCACGCUGUGCUGGCUGCCCGCCUUCGUCGCCCCCACCGGCUUCCUCACCGCCGUCAUGCAGGUCCCACACACACCAUACCCUCACCACACCACACUCCCCCCCCACGCUGUGCUGGCUGCCCGCCUUCGUCGCCCCCACCGGCUUCCUCACCGCCGUCAUGCAGGUCCCACACACACCAUACCCUCACCACACCACACUCCCCCCCCACGCUGUGCUGGCUGCCCGCCUUCGUCGCCCCCACCGGCUUCCUCACCGCCGUCAUGCAGGUCCCACACACACCAUACCCUCACCACACCACACUCCCCCCCCACGCUGUGCUGGCUGCCCGCCUUCGUCGCCCCCACCGGCUUCCUCACCGCCGUCAUGCAGGUCCCACACACACCAUACCCUCACCACACCACACUCCCCCCCCACGCUGUGCUGGCUGCCCGCCUUCGUCGCCCCCACCGGCUUCCUCACCGCCGUCAUGCAGGUCCCACACACACCAUACUAAUUUCAAGUCACAACAGGAAUCUUAUUCAUGA